UGCAUUGUGUAGAUGCAAUAUAAUAUGAUGUAAAUAGAUUUACCGGCCUGCGCAUGGCAACUAGUGUGGCGCGCGAUUACACGCUACAUUUCAAACCGAUUACUGCUUGGAAGUCGUUCUGUUGUGCGCAUGCGUCCCGUUGCCGGCACGCGUUCUCUUCCACGAGUCGGUCAGUGCGUCUCGAGCCACCGUAGGGGCGGUAUCGUAUCGUGUUGCUUCCUCUCUCGCGAAAUUGUCAACGGUUAUCUUUAAAUUGUACCCCCCUUUUUUACGGAUACCAUCGUGGCGCUGUGCGUUUCGAAUUGCCAAACGUGCUUGCCGAACCAAGCGGCGAUCUCAAAUUCUUUAUUUUGCCACGAAUGUACAGACCCAAGUGUCGGAUUUCGCGUAUUUGUCGCGUCAGUUCGUGAGUGUGUCGCGUGUGCUUUCUACGAGAAUAAUUAUGAGUGGCGUGCUGUCGAUGUUGUGUGUUAUCCUGAUCCUUAGCGUCGCGACGACGACGGUGCGCGCCGGAUUAAAAUGUGACGCUGUCAAGCCGUACUUCGAGUCGCAAGGCUUUCCUGCCAGUGAUAUUCCGAAGGAGGCGAUUUCAUCAAAGGAGCUGAAAAUAUGCGGCAGCGUGAGAAGCGGCGGAGAGGUCUGUUGCUCCGCGGACAUGGAAGUGAGACUGCAGGCGAGGGCACGUGACAAACACGAGAAAGCCACCAAAGAAACUCUUCAGCGACUGCAUCAGGUCCUGUCGACGAGAGGGGCCAGGUUUCACAGUUUCUUUAAGGAUCUCCUGGCGUCCAGCAAAAGGGUCUUUCACGACAUGUUCAAAGUAACCUACGGGAUUCUCUACGAGCAGAACUCGUACGUUUUCAUGGAUCUGUUUAAGGAAUUGGAGAAUUAUUACGGCAAGGGGACGGUCGAUCUGGACGACGUCAUGGACAACUUCUUCAACAUCCUCUACCAGAAGAUGUUCACGGUGCUCAACAGCCAAUACGACUUCGACGCCAAGUAUCUGGAAUGCGUCGGGGAUCACAUGAAAGAGAUGAGACCUUUUGGCGACGUUCCCCAGAAACUUGGUGUUCAGAUCAAGAGGUCCUUCGUCGCCACCAGGGCCUUCAACCAAGCACUGACCGUUGCCGCUGAUAUCGUGAAGAAUAUGCAGUCGUUGAAACCGUCCGCGGAAUGUGCAGCUGCUCUCACCAGGAUGACAGUCUGUCCAUCGUGCAGCGGGAUAACCGGGACCGUGUUGGCGUGCGGCGACAUGUGUGCCAACGUGAUGAAGGGUUGCUUGGCCCAGCACGCGGCUCUGGACGCUGAAUGGAAUCACUUCGUCGAGGCCGUGGACAAAGUGGCGGACCGGCUGCUGGGCCCCUUCAACAUCGAGAUGCUGGUGCGACCCAUCAACCUGAAAAUCUCCGAGGCGAUAAUGAACUUCCAGGAGAACAGCCACGACGUUUCGCAGAGGGUGUUCACCGGUUGCGGGAAGCCUGUGCUGGGCAGACGCAGACGCAGAGACAAUCGCGAGCUGGAGCUCGAGUCGCUGAAUUUCGAUCAGGAGACUGUCACGGAGGACCGUGCCUCCACCGCCGCUAUCCUCGAUAAGCUGGUGAAAGAGAUACGACAGAGGGUCGGGGACUCCAGACAGUUUUGGGUGUAUUUACCCUACAAGCUCUGCAACGAUGGAUUGGUGGUCCCACCCAGCAACACGAAGGAGUGCUGGAACGGCACCCACGUUGACAAGUACAUAUACCCCGUGUCAUCGAACGGAGAGACUCAGAUACUGAAUCCGGAAGUGCGGAGCACAGGACCUAGACCGACGAUCGUCAGAGAUCAGAUCUACGCGUUGACGACCAUCACGAGCAGACUCAAGUCCGCGUUCAAUGGCCAGGACGUCGAUUGGAUAGACACAGAGGAGACGGUCUGGACUGGUUCUGGGAGCGGUUCCGGGGACGGUACGGACGAGGACAGUCCUCUGACCGACGACGAGGACGGUUUCAAGGAGGGUUCCGGGUACGAGCCGAAGUCGUCGCCGCCGGAAACGCCGAAGCAGUCCCAGCCGCCUGUGCACCCGGAAGUCGUUCCGCCGCGGGUCGACAACGUCCCGAAUACCGUGAACAACAACAACAACGGCACCUCGACCGCGGACAGCGGCGCGAGCAGACAGAAGAUGUCGUUGUCGCGUGCCCUUACGACGUACCUCGUACCCAUCGUGGUUAUGUGGUUCGGUGGCUGCCUCACCGAGUGGCUGUGAUCGUGUGGUUACUCAGGACAACUUGCCGCGAUGUAAAUAGAAUUCCUUCCGACCGUCGCGUCCUCCGCGAGGACGACGUCCUUUCCCCCGUCGACGACCCCAUGGGUUCCCCGCCAAGGGCGUCGAUCGGGGCACGCGUUCACCAGGAUGCUUCACAGGGACGUUGCGUCCCGUGGAUGUUGGCCAAGAGCCAUUCGAGAAGACUGGACUCGUCGUUAGCCAAUCGAGAAGGGGGGAGAGGGGGCAGGGAACUGAUUUUCGAAACAUUUCACGACCGACGAGCGGCAUGUUCAUCGUUGUUUAGGACUCGAGAGGCGUUCCCCCGCUUCCCUGCGCCCGUUGCACCUUUUUUGGGGCUUGGGAGGACCUCCUGUACCUCCCACCGGUACCCCCCCCACUCCCCCAAAAAAUGUUAACUAUUGUCCUGCAAAAGUAGAUUGAAUUCCCUGGGAAAGGUACGUUCAGUUCUUCGAGAGAGUCGUUUCAACCCUCCGUUGCAUCUUAUUUAUACUGCAAUUAAAUCUUGAGCAGCUGAGCCAUACACGGAGAUGGUAAAUAAAUUCGAAUCUGUGGAUCCAAGAAGCUAUGAAUAUUACUUUUACGAAUGAUCGACUUCCUUCUUGAUCAAUUUAAUAAUUCAAUCAAUUAUAAAAGAAAGGAAACAGAAAAUUGCAAGAACUUUUUAUUUUAAUUUAAUUUGCAGGAAUUGUUUUUACGAGGGUCGAACACCCGAUGCAAUAGGGGGUUAGAGGGUCCAUCGGGGAUGCUUGUUGCGGAAUCGAGGACUCGCGAUUCCAGCGUGUGCGACGUGCUGGCGAGCAUCUGUUGCUCCCUUCGGUUAUCGGGGAACGAUUAGGGGGUGUUUACAGUGGCGUGGGCGAAGCGAAAACUGGACGACGGAGGGUCUCGAGGGCAUCGAAUAUACGUAAAGACGGGAACCGAGUAUACGAGAGGCACAAGGACUGAUUAUCGAGCGUCGUGUUUCCUUUCCAGCCGCCUCCGCGGAACGCGAACGUUUGAAAGAUUCAUGGCUCGAAGGGAGAAAGGGUUCGAUCGACGAACGAGGAGAGAAUUUAGUAGAACGUAGGGAUCUCGAUUGCACCCGGGACGACCAGUCGAAAUUGCGUUUAUUUUUACUGGAAGCCCCACGGGAAUGAUAAUCCCUUAUUUUUUAUUCGUGUCGGUGUCGUUCACAUCAACUGCCACUACGUACGAGAUUUGAAUUUCGACCCUUUGCGACUCUUUUGGGAAAUUACAUUUUCCAAAUUGGAGUUCGCGUUGCCAUAAAUGUAACCUUGAUUCGGUGCAAAGGGGGGUCGAUUUGCACACGUAUUUCGGGGGCCGCGUUAAUCGUGUACGAGCUACGUCUCGAUUUUAGGUUUUUAUUUUAAAACGAAGAUCUUUGGUUGUCGUUCGGGUGGAAAGUUUUUGUAACAGUUUAAGGGAGUUUUGGGAAGGAUUGAUCCGGGGUGAGGAUGUAAAUACGGGGAGUGGCGCACGAUAAAAGGGCGAUGCACGAUGAAAAUUCGAUCGACGAUCGCGCUACCAAUUAGAUCCCUCCGAUUUGUCUUCACGCCGAUACCGGACGGUAGGAAUCGAACUCUGACGAUUUAUCAACGCAGACGGAACAUCUAUUUCGUCCAUCGACCCGACGAUUUUAUCGUUCGCCACUCCGUUGCGUUGUUCCAGCGACGGUGUGUCGAUGCGUGGCGCCGGGACGCGGUCGAAAAUGGGCUCCUGUGAUAAAAUAAAAUAAAAAAAAAAUUCCAAAAAAAAGAAAUAAUAAUAAAACCGAAACUUGGGAAAAAAAGAAGGCGCCUUCACAUCCUGGCGACGUCGAGCCUAAACGCGGGCGAAAACAGAGACAUUCUACAAAUCUAGUGAAAUAUUCAAAUAAAUAUUACGAAUAAUUAAUUAUUUGUAAUUAUAUUAUUAUAUAUAUAUUAUUAUUAUAAAGUGAAAUUAAUAUAAAAAUUGUACGUUGCGUUCGAGAUAAUGCUGCCGUGAUACAUAUAUGAUGGACGCCAUCGACGAGAGGCCAGAGACGGGCUAAAUGAUCACCGAAAUAAACGAUUCGAAUAAUAAAUGAAAAUUACACGAUCUUCUCGAUCCUCUCGGACCUGGACUCUAGGCUCUAGUUUUUAAAUAAACUUACUAACAAUAUUGAAAGUAGUUUGGAACAAAUUGCAAAUAUGUUGGAGAUUAUUAACAACAAAAUUAGUCCUGUUUAUUAUUCGAAUAAAAUUUCGCCCUUCUCUGGGUGAAGCCGUCCUUGGAAGAUCUUCGUCGGAGAGGAAAGAUGGUUAACGCUGUUAGGCGUGCACGAGUCGAAUAGAAUACUUUGGAUGGGUUGAACGUCCCGAUUACGGUGAUCAUUAUCGUUGCCAUAUAUAUGUAUACAAUAAAUUUUGCAACGUUGAAAACACUAUCACCCUCUGAACAUUUUCUAAACAGUUCAGACAUAGUUUAUCGCGACGUUCAACCGGAAGUCUCCUCGCUUUAGCUCUUCCAAAAAUAAAUGGUCAUUGAGAAUUUUUUUCUUCAAAAAAAUAGAAAUUGAAUCUCUCAGAAAUGUAACACGCAGUUUUGUCGACUAUUUGACGAGAUUGCAGAAUUUUCAUCAUUCUGGGACUUCUAAAGCGAGAAGACCUCUUGAAGAGCAAAACUUAAUGGAAAUGGCGAUUGGGAACAGGGUUUUUUUUACUGCGGAAGCAUUGAAACACGUCAGAAUUGAACAACCGUGUCUUAACAGCCUCGUCGAAUCAACGCAACUUAUUGCUAAACUCGUGAUUUUUUUUUUUUACGAAUCGAUCGUCCUUUGGGCCGGGACAGUCGACGAAACUUUAACCCUUUAUUGUAUAAUUCGUUUUUUUUUAUUCUGCUGGCGACGUUCAAAGCCAUUCGAGUCCCACGAUCGAUGACAAUUGAUGACUGAAAGCCCAAGUGGCGCGAGUUCUCAACGACAGGAACAAAAGAUCGAUGCAAUUGGAGGAUCGUAAUUAAUUUCUGAAUGGGAAAAAAUAAAAAGAGUAGCUAGAAUGUUAAUCAAGUACUCUGACGAGGUGUAGUGCACUCGAUGAUGAUGUAUAAAUGAAAGGACUUGUUUUCGACUCUGUGAAUAAUUUCAAAUUAUCCGUGCAAUCGUAAUUGUAAUCGAGAAGUCGGAAAUACGACAUUUAGGGAAGUCGAAUAGUCUCUCGAAGUCUCUGCAAUUGUUGUAAUUUGUAAAAAUUGACCAUGGACUCGCGCCACUUGAAAUUUGGACUCCAAAAAGCGCAGAGCUGGGCAAAUUUUAUUUCCGUUUCAUUUGUAAUCGAAUUGUAAAACUAAAAUUUGUAUUCGUUAUUAUUGACUCAAGGUUAGGUUAAUGACAACAUGUAGCUGUACCAAUAUGAUCCAUAAAUCUCUUCGUUUCCUUUCAUUGAAAAUUCAAACGCAG